AUCUGCAGGGUGGGGCUGGAGCUGGGGACUGUUUUGAAGUAAAAGCUCACCACGGUUUCUACGUGACUGUGAAAAACACCAACAAACGAUGGACAGGAAACUGAACCUAAACCGAGCCGAGACGUUCUCCUUCGUCAACCCGUGGAUCAGAUAUUUUCUCUUCUUCUUCAGCUUCUUGUUUUGGGUUUUCUCCUUGCUGAUUGUCGCAAUCGGGGUGUAUGCUAAAGUCCAGAAAGCUACAGACACGGUGCGGGACACAUUCCUCAUCGACCCGGCUGUCAUCUUAAUUGUGGUGGGGGUGGUCAUGUUCUUCAUCACCUUCUGCGGUUGCAUUGGCGCCCUCCGAGAGAACAUUCGCCUCCUCAAGACAUUCUCCUUCAGCCUGACAUUGGUCUUCCUCACCCAGCUGGCCAUAGCGAUUCUGGGCUUCUUCUACUCCGAUCAGACUCGGGAUGCUUUGGGAAAGUUUGUGAAGAAGGCCAUCGUGCACUACAGGGAUGACCUGGAUCUUCAGAACCUGAUGGAUUACAUCCAGCAAGAGUUCAAGUGUUGUGGGUGGAACAACUACACAGACUGGUCUUGGAACCUGUACUUUAAUUGCACACAUGAGAACCCGAGCUCCGAGCGCUGUGCCGUGCCUUACUCCUGCUGCACUCCCGUUCCUGGAGAGGCAGUUAUCAACACUAUGUGCGGUUUUGGGGUUCAAACCCAGAACUACCUGGAGGCAAACAAGUCAAUCUACCCGGUGGGCUGUGCGGACAAAGCGGUGAUGUGGAUCGAGUCGCAUCUGUUGCUGGUGGGAGCACUCGCCCUGGGUCUGGCCUUGCCUCAGAUUGCAGGCAUCGUGCUGUCCCAGAUGCUGAUCUCUCAGAUCCAAGAUGAGAUUACCUCAGUGUUGUGAGAGCAGGCCGACACGGGGGGAGAAGAGGGAGGAAAAGAACUGACUGUACUGCGCUCGGCUCAUCUGACAUGUGCAAGGACAUCUUUUUUACUGCUACCAUAUCCCUGCGAGUACAUUUCUUAUUCUAAAUGUGCCAUUGCCUGCGGGCAUAAAAGUGAGGUGCACUUUAUCGUGUUGCUCAAGUAGUCAUCACACACAAAGUGCAAACUGUAUAUUUAUUGGUUUUGAACAUGGUUUUUGUAUUGAUCUUGACAUGCAGAUUUUAUUUAUGAAAAGUAUUUAUAUUUACAUGUGAUGUUUGCAAAUAAAAUGUAGAAGAAGAAAGUUCUAUAAUUGCUAUAUUGUAUAUUGAUUAGAGUUGUCAGAUUUGUAAGCUAAUAGAAUCAGUACACACAAUGCAUACGCUACUUAUCAUGCAAAUUGGCAACCUGUGGUUGAAAUUAGCUCAUAACCUUGAGAAAAGUGCAAAUUUGCUCACUUAAAAAGCUUAACAGGUCAGCAAUCUAAAAGGGCACGGAGGAGGACUGCUGUAUAAACACUUUCACAAGUCUCGACAACAGUGCCAAGUCCUUGCCAUCUGGUGAAGGAGUCUCCUCUAGCUGAACGCAGGCA